GACUGCCUAAAGUUAUGUAGGUACGACAGUUUUUGUAUAUAUUUUCAAAAAACCCUGUUACCACAUAGUGGCGUAGGGCUUCAACAGUUUGUAAGUUUAGUAUUUAAAAAAAUGAGAAAUUGUUUAUUAAAGUAGAUAGUAACGUGGCGGUUAAGAAGACCCAGUAUAAUAACAUAAUAUAGGAAAAAUGAGACUGCUAUUGGUGAUGUCACUUAUCUCAACAUUAGAUGCUCUCCAUUGCGACAAAGAGUUUAAUUUCAUCGACUCAGUCUACGAGAAAGGCUAUGACAUCAUUUGCCAAGGACUGACAAACAACUACACAACGCUCCUAAGUGACAUCCACAUCAAUUACGAAAUAAGUCUAACCAUGGAAAACUGUUCUUUGACAGGAGUCACUUCAGAUCUCUUCAAAAACGUGGUCAACAUAAAACGCUUGAGUAUAUCGAACUCAACCUUCUCGUUCCCUCCAACUGAACACAUUUUUGAGCAUGUCAACCAGUUGGAGGAACUGGUGGUGAUCAACACUAGGUUCAAGCCUGGUGCAACCUCUAUGGCAGAUUUACCAAACUUAACUAAGUUAACAUUAAGACAAAAUAGUUUAAAUAGUUUAGAAAAGAACUCUUUCAAGAAGCUGGAAAAGCUACAAAGCCUACAAGUCACACAGAAUAACCUAGUAGAUAUAAGCAACUUAUUUUUAUGUGCUAACAAAUAUUUAAAAUCGUUAAAUUUUUCCAACAACAGCAUAGAGCACAUGGGUGAAGUUUUCUUCUGCGAAGAUCAAGUAACUGAGCCAGUGUUUUCGGUCAACAGUGCUAAACGAUCUGUAGGAGCUAGCUUCACUUAUUAUAGACCAAGUAUCACAUUCACAGAUCUCUAUGAGAUCGACUUCAGUCACAACAAUAUUGAAUACUUAAGCAAUUCAUUUGCCUUUUUGAAAUCCUUAAAGGUGAUAAAGCUGCAAGGGAAUAAAAUAACCAAAUUGAAUAGCUCGCAUUUUUCUUUCUUGGAUUAUUUAGAGGAGCUGAAGAUUAGCGACAACAAUAUAAACAGUGUAGAGGACGAUUUGUUUAUUGGGAAGAUUUAUUUAGAAAAGCUUGAUUUGUCCAAUAAUAAACUGAGUCAGCUCAAUUUGCAGUAUUUGAACUGUGUUAAAUCCUUAAAUUUAGGAAGCAACGAAUUUGAUGUCAAGUAUCUUUUAAGCAUAAACACCACAAACGUAUUAAAAACUUUGAAGUUAUAUAACAACAAUAUAAGAGACAUACCUCCUAACACCUUCACUUAUUACGCUUACUUAAAACACUUGGAUUUGAGUAACAACCAUAUUAAACUAGUGGAGCUUUCAUUCCAUGGACUAACAAAUUUAACUCAUCUAGAAAUUAGGAACAACAGUAUUGCAGGUCUUCCAAAAAACGUUUUUAAAACCUUGAAGAACCUGAAAAUUUUAGACAUGUCCCAAAACGAACUAAGUGUCAUCCACAACAAUGAUAUUUUUGUAGAUCAGAAAAAUUUAGAGGUUCUAAAUCUUUCACGAAACUCUCUAACGGAGCUGAGCUACCCGGUUUUUAAAAACUUAAAGAAUCUCAACACUCUUGACGUAACCCACAAUAAAUUACAUGUUAUAGAAUACGACAAACUUAUGACUAGUUUACCAUCCCUGAUUUUGUUAGAUAUCAAGUUCAAUGACUUAUCCUGUGCUCUGUUGUCCAAAUUAGUAGACUAUUUGAAGUUUAAAAAUGUGUCGUAUACUCUACAGAAGAACGAGAUAACUGAUAAGAUGAAUAUUGGAGGAAUAUUCUGUAGAGACGAAGAGGCAGGUGCUUUGAUGCGUCCAAAGGACACUCACGUUAUGUUUAACAUUUCUUUGGCCCUGGUUAUUAUUCUCCUUGUGGUUGUUUUGGGAAUUAUAGCUUUCAAGGUCCAUAUUUAUUUGAAACGAAGGAACUAUAUGGCUGAUGAGUUUGAAUUAGUGGAGGACUGACGAAGGUAAAACAAUAGUAAGUGAAAAAAAGAGGGAUUCAUAGAGAAUGUAGGUAGUCAGUCUAUUUCUCUCAUAUACCUUUUCUCAUAGUCUUGACUAUCCUUUGGUACCAGGUUUCUCUUCGGCGCAUUCUUUUACUUCUUUUUGAUGUGCCUAUCCGUGACGAAUGUUGUUGAUCAUCAUGGCUAUCUGCGGCAGAGCUACAAGACUGUGCAGAGAUUGUUUUGAACCACUUUCUGAGGUUCUUUAACCAGGAUGUUUUUCUUCUUCGAUCUCCCUUUCCAAAUAUUUUUCCUUGCAGAAUGUCUUGUAUGAGGGCAUAUUUGGAUUUAUUGCAUAAUGUGCCCAAAGUAUUGUAACUUUCGAGAUUUGAUGGUGGUCAGUAACUCCAGGUUCUUCUUAAUCCUUUUGAGGACCUGAUCAUUUGUGACCCGGACAGUCCAUAGGAUCUUCAGUAUUAUUACACCACGAAAAAGGACAAAUAAGAUGUAGAUCCGCAGCUUCUUACUUUUAUACCAAGAGAGAAGUUUAGGCUAUUGAAAAAGACCCCAAUCCGCUUCAAUGUGGUGUGGUGUGUUGGUUGUCAUCUCUGUAUCUCUUCAUUCUCCAUUAAUGUGAGUGCUUAGUUCUGCUUAUAUAUUAUCGAAGUAUGCUGCUUUAAGAAGUAUAAGAAGCAUAGGGAGUUGCAGAAUACCGCGGCUGUGCAACCUGAGAGAAUGGUACGGAUGUACAUCAAAUAAACUGUUCAGGACAGUCGUCUCUAAGGUCAAAAUAGCUAUGAUGAUUGCCGACAUCCGUCGCGGAGAUUGGACUUGAAGAAGAAGAUGCUGUUUUACUAAAAGUUAGCUGUGUUAUGGCAGAAUGAACUUCCUGCUCCAAUAUUCUUGAUCCAUCAUUUACCUCCUCUUUUAGCUUGAAGGUGCUAUCUAUUAUGUCUUUAAAGAGUUUCUUUGGCGGUUCUUUCCCCGUUCUUAUUUUACUUUGUUUGGCCAAGAUGAUGUUUGUCUUGUCUUUAUACAAAAAAAGGAAGAAUACACUACUGGAACGUGAUCCGUCUCCAAGUAUAUUCCCGGAUAAGUCUUGAUAGAUGUAAGUCUGGAUUCUGAGUCUUUUACAAAUUUUUCUGGUAGGUCUCCUCUCUCGUUUCUGUAAGUCCAUGUCCUCCGAUAUACUGUGUCUUAUCGACAUGCUUGGCAUUAAAAUCGUGCAGUUUUCUGUCUGAUUCUGUUGAUUAUUUAUAAAACUCAAUUUUUUCUUCAGCAUAGGAUACAGCAAGGGAGGAAAGCAACUCGUAUUUUAAAUGGUCUACUAUGGUCUAACAAGGUGAAUCUAGACACACAAUUAACAAUCUACAGAACAAUAAUUGUGGAACCUAUUAUAACUUAUGGAGCAGAGUGUUGUCAACUCACAGGAAAGGAAAGAAAAAAUAUAGAAAUAGCGGAGAUGGAUUACUUACGUAGAGCAUGCAGGGUAUCUAGAUUAGAACACGUACCAAAUUAUGAAAUAAGACGACCGACGGACAAAGAGUGUAUAUUCCACGGUUGACCAUAUAGAAACAAAGAAAUUGCUAUGGUAUGGUCAUGUUAUGAGGAUGUCAGAGGAAAGAUGGCCAAAAAGAGCAUUAAAUUACACACCCAUAAAUAGAAGAAGAAGAGGAAGGCCUACAGAAACAUGGAAGGAAGGCAUAGAACAGUCUAUGGCAGAUAGGGCUAUUGAAGAAAACGAAUGGGCGAAUAGAAAAGGAUGGCGAGCGAAAUGUAACGUGUGAUCCAAAAUUAUUGUCACCAUAGGUGGCUCUGAACGACAGAGAUAGCCAUACAGUGCAUGUCUAUUAUUAAUUCAGAUAUACUUUCUAGUUUACGUCAACUUUGACAGAUACUUGUCAGUGUACGUACGUCAACUUAAAAAACACUAUAAUUGAACAUAAAAAGUAGCAGAGGAAGCAAACUUUUAACUUUAUACGAAUUAAAAGGUCUUGAGAUUGGGUAUCUUUUCAACAUGUUUUCAAUCUUUAUUCUUUGUUUGGAAAAGUGAUCAUAACAACACUGAAUAUAGCCGCAGUUGGCCGUGACGUCACACUCCGGCGGUGUUUCAGAUUAAAACAAGACAUACGUAAUUUUUUGAACGGGUAGCUUUGAUCCCAAUAAUUGUGGACCGCUCGUUAGGAUGCGGAAGAGCCUGUAGGAACCCCACUUCUUAAAUAUAAUUUCUUCUUCAAUAUCUACAUAUGGCUGUGAAACAUGGAUGCUAAUUCAACCGGAAAAUAAGAGAAUACAAGCUGUUAAGCGGAUAUGAAAAGCAAGCUUUAGGUUUGCCUGAAGCCUUGUUGGGCCUACAAUUAAUUUGGAAUCUCAAUAGAAUAAAACUUCGUAACUUCUUGUGUCAGUUUUUCUCCAAAAUUUUCUCUUGCUAAUAAACCAAAUCAUCAUAAUUCUGUUUGCGUUUUUCUCUAUGCGGGGUCUCUCCAAGAUCUUUUUUGGUUUUUGUUACCUAUACCUUCUAGGAACACUAAACAGGUUUCGUCUGUAACUGCAGUCAACCGUAUCAAGGUAAUGCGUCUGUGGAACUAGCUUCCUAAUACUCCAGGGUAAUAAGCUAGAAAUAGACCAUGUUCGGGGCACUCAAAGAUCCAGGUAGCUGACUACUUUUUUAGUUAUUGUAUACCUAUAGGAUGAAAACCUUCCUGUUUCCUGCCUACACCGAGAGAAAAAAAUUCUUGACAUAAAGAAACUUUAUUAAUAUUUAAGAAAGAUCGACUUGGCAUAUUGCCUAAGAAAUAUAUCUUUGUAUGUAAGAUAUAAUUUUCUAAAAUAUUUCAAAUAAAUUCUACUAUAGCCAAAGAAAUAUAUCUUAAACAUGAUUGAACUAUCACUUUCUGGCAAGCUUCAAACCCAUUUAUCAGAAAGAAAUUACACUUGAUGUUAAUUAAUUUUAUUAGUCAUAAAAAUAUAUUUUCUACACAUUAGAAAACUAUGCUUUCUGAGCAAUAAUAUUUCUUAGUAAGGAAUAUUAUUAUUUUACUAUUAAUAAUUAAUUUAUUUAAUGUUAAGAAAUAUAUUUCGCAGAGAUAAACGUAUAUUUAGAGUUAAGUUAAUAUUUCUUUAAAAUAAAGUGAUAUUACAUACCGCGAAAUAAAUCAUUGUGUUAAGGUAAAAUCAUUAUUUAUUAAUAAAACAAGAUAUAAAACGUUAUUAUUACAUACAAAUAUUUUCUCCACUCUUAAACCACUGGCUUCUACACAACAAUAAAAGGAUGGAGAGGCAAAUCCAACUUCCUCAAAUUUUCCUUCUUUUGUUAAUAGCACUUUGUAUAUAUCAGCAAUUCACUAAAACAAAAUCGUUAUGUAGAAAGAGUAAACUUACUUUAAUAAUUUUUUUUUAUAAAGAUAUAGAUAUUUAUUUUGACAAAUUUAGGAAAUACAAAAAAAAAACAAAUACACGGCCCCACGUAAGAACUAUUAAUACUAAUAAUAAUCAAUCAUAUUUAGUUCAAACAUGGCAUUAUUUAACCUAUACAUCGUUGUUUAUUUUUUUCUUUUUGUUAAUGAAAUAUUAAUUAAUUAUCUGUAUAAUAUUAAGUCACACAAUAAACAUUGUUUAGCUAAAACAAGAGGGAAAAUACAACCAAUGUAAAACAUUGAAGCAGACAUAAUAAUAUGUAAUUUUCUUAAUUUUUAUAAUCUAAAAGAGACAGCAUACCUAAUCAUUAAGAAAUUUUAUUACGGGAAAGUAUUAUUAGUUUACAUCUAAGUCAUUUAAUACAUAUUAACUAAUUCACGGUUUUCGGCAAUAACAUUUCUUAACCAUAAACAUAUAUUUCUUUUAGACGAACUGAUUUCUUUAUCUCAAAUAAAUUAACAGAAAAAAUCCUCAGCGUUGCACCCGCCAUGUUUGAUAUAGAGUUAUAUUGUAAAUUUUUAUAGAAGACGAUACAUUAAAGAAACCUAUUAUAGUUGAUACAUAAGUAUACACAUUUUUAAAAAGGUACUUACAUGUAUAUGAAGUUCUGGAAGGUCCCGCAGUUGGUUAAUAACUCCUUUCUUAAUAUUGUUCUGAAGCUAUAUAUUAUAUCAUUCUGUCCCAGCUUUAAAUUGUGGCAUAUUUCCCAGUUAGAAUAAUAAGCUCCUUUAUUUCAGAGUCGUCCAUCAUUAUACCUAAAAAGCAUAUAAAGAUACUAUUAUAUUUCUUUUUUAACCAUUCGGAUACGCAACAAUAUUAUUAUUACAUCUUAAAUUACUCAAUUUACUUUUAUUUAAUACCUAUAUAUGUACGUACCUUCAAAAUAUCCGUUAAUUUUUAAAGUACACCAAUAAAUCCAACAUACAUCUAUAUGAACAUGAACAUAUCACGCCAUCUUGACAAACACUGACGACUAAAUCAUAAAUAGUUAAUCUGCGCAAUUCUUUUGUGGAAGAAAAUCUCUUUUCAAGUAACAUUUCGGCAUUAAUGACAAAGUUUUUAUUUUAUAACCACAGUUACUACAGAGGGUAUCUCUGAAGAAUUAUUUCUUGUGGUUUAAAAUAUUUAUUUCAUUGCAAGAAAAUUUCUUGUUCACAAAUAUAAAUAUGCAUUAACUUAACAUUAUAUUUCUUAUACUGCAAAAUAUUUGUAGUUUUCAAUUUAAGAAAUAAAAACUUUAGGAUAAGAAAAUUAAAUGUAACCAUUAAUGCAUUUCUUAGUAUUGAAGAAAUUAUCUGUAAGAAAUUAUUGAGUUGUGUUUAAAAAACUCGUUUCUUUAUAAUGUGAACCGGUAUGUUUAAGUUAAUAGGAUAUGUUAACUUUUAAGAAAUAUUGCUCAAAGAAAUCGGUGUUUUAGGAGAAAAGAAAUUGUUCUCUCGGUGUAUAGAGUUCGCGUCCUUUUUUAAUUUUUAACAAUUUAUUGCAAAAUUCUAGAUUUUUUCGAUUUUUUGCACCCCAUUCAAAAGCUAAACAGUUGACAUAAAACUACAAAAUUUAAUUUUUUGAACAUUGAAAAACCUUCAAAAUUCCGACUUUUGAAAGUUAAAAAAUUAAUAUGUUACUACGCCAACGGCAAAAUAAGUGAAAAUCGUUAUUUGUUAAUAACUUUUACUAAAACUACUUUAGAACUUUAGUGUUUCAUCCAAAGUUGUGUAUUGGGGUACUUAACAAACCCUCAAAAUUUGAGACCGAUCCAUUAAUUAGUUUAAAAGUUAUUCUAUUUGUUUAUCCCAGAGACCUUUAUUUUGCAAUAACAUAAGACAGAAACUAAUGAAGAUAAGGCAAUUCUGCGUAUGUCAAAUGAAAGUAGAAAAGUGAUACUAUCAAAAUGUACUAAAAAAAGAUAAACUAUCUAAUAUAGUCAAUAAUAGUAAUGCCAAAUUUUUGAAAUUUUGUAGUUUAUAAACAUUUAGAACAACUUUAAAAAUAUUGUCCGUAGAAAAAAUCAUUGUACAUAUUCGAAAAGUUAGUAUUUUACACGAAUUUUUAAAAAUGUUGUUCAGUUGGUAAUAAGUGGUAAGUGAAGGGGGAGCUGGGAACCGACAAAUGCACGAAUUCAUCAACUAAAAAAGGCAACUUAAAACUACUAUCAUUUUCUAUAUCUCGGGAUCUACUGAAUAUAUUUUGAUCUUUCUUUUUUUUAAUUUGUAUGUAAUUUUUCUGUACAUUACAAAUAGGCAAUUUGUCUAGACAUUUAUUAAUUAUUAAACAGUCUAAUUUGUUUAAACCAAUUUUGAUUAAAUAUUUUUUUCCCAAAAGUCCAUGAUUUUAAUUAUAUUAUCGUAAUUAAUCAUAGAAAAAGUUAAGGUAUAGGUACUUUAAUAAAUAAAUUAUCUUCAAUAUCUAAUUAUCUAAUGAAAAUCAUUUAUGUCUUAAACUGUACUUUAACUUUUUCUAUGAUCAUUAAUGAUACUAUGAUUAAAAAAAUAUAUUUUUGUAAAAAAUAUAUUUUUUCAAGAAUUGUUUAAACAAAUUAGACUGUUUAUUAAUUAAUAAAUUUUUAAACAAAUUGCAUAUUUGUAAUGUACGUAGAAAUUACAUCAAAUUUUAAAAGAAAGGUCAAAAUCCAUUGAGUUUUUCCGGAGAUACAGAAAAUUAUAUUCGUUUGAAAUUACUUUUUCGGUAUUUGAACUCGGUGGAUUUGUAGGUUCACCCUAGUAAUCGUUUGAACUAUAUUUUUGAAAAAUCUUAGAGGCUGCUGUGACGGUACAAUGUUUGUGCAAAUUUUUAAAGGAAAAAUACAAAUCCCAUUCUUUAAAAUGGCAUUAAUGGGAUUCCUUAAUUAUUAUAAACAAAUUAA